CUUAAUUGUCAAAAACAUAUUGUUAUAAUUCUGAAAUGGUUUAUAUUUAUAAAAUAAUAAUUGAUUAGAUAUUUCUUCUUAUGAUUUUGAGAUGAAAAAUGACCCAGGCGUGCUCUCGACUGGCUUCGUGAAUUUCACCCACCUAUGGUCUCUAGAUUAUUAGUGUGUAUUUAUACAUGAGAAAAACGAGAGAAUCCGAGUCCUGUAGCAGAGGCUGAGCGUCGAAUCUGCGCAUGCGCGCUGCUGACUCGCCGUAAUCCUCGCGCAUUUGCGCGUCCUGGAGAGAAACGGGCUGAAUUAAGAAGCGAAUCAUAUAAAUAACUACAUCAUAUGCAUGCACAUAAAAGUGCGCUUUAGACACACGCAUGCUGUCAUCAUGAGUCCCGUGAGGAGAUGCAUGGAAACAGCGCUGCAGUUUGGCUGUUGUGUGUGCUUAUACGGUGCGCGGCAUCAGCAUCAUCAUCCGCUCCAGCCGAAUCAUAAGUGACCGAACCGGCAAACGGAACCGAGCGGGAACGAACCGCACCGCACAUCUGGACGGCAGCGUUUCAGCCGCAGGGAUCUGUCUGCGUCAUCCCUCCCGAUGCUUUUGACGCUCGACCGCAGCUGAGACCCACAUCUGGCCGGAGGACCGGCGGAACCGGAGCGCUCAUGUCCUCACCGGGCCCGAGACCACUGCACCUCACCCGAGCCUCUCUGCGCCGUUAAAUAUUCAUAGUCACGAACUGAGUGUCAAACUUGAUACUCCGGUGCCUGGAGAGACAGAUGAGAACCUUCACAGCCGUCGCUGUCACGUUAUGAACAUCUGCAUGAGCUUUAGAUGAGACUCAGAUGAGAUGAGCAGCUGGAACUGUACGAGCAGGACGAGAUUCACUGCAGCACCUGCAGUCUGACCCGCUGAGGGCCUCCGCUGGGCUGGAUGAAAUGUGACGCAUCGUAAUCCCGGCGACAGCUGCGGAAAGAUGAGCCACAGACAGACAGAGAGUGAGAGAGAGAGACAGGCAGUGAACAUGAUUAGAGGGACUGCGCCGUGACUCAACCAGACGCAUAAAAAACAGGAGACUGGAAACUUUCUUGCUGCGUCAAACUUCAGCUUUUGAAGCCGUGAACGGAGUGUUUUAGUCUCUAGUGCUUCAGUAAUGUGUUGUACAGCCAUCCCUGAAGUGUCAUCCUUCCUCUCAGGUGAGGUUACGGCAGGUUAAACGCCACCUGAGGCUUAGAGAGACUGAAGGGCCCGUGGCCCUCGCAGACCUUUGGGAAAACGGCACCCGUGGAUCAUUUAUAGACUUGAUUGUGUGCAUGAGUGCUGUCAAUCACAGCCACUUCCUGAUGUUGACCUCUGGCAGACCAGAGGAGAUGUAUGACCCUCUAAACUGAGCUUGAGACCCGUUGACUUUAGCGUUUGACUGUAUUUAUGUGCAUGAAAGACAAACAGAAGGACGCAGCGUGUGCGUUUCUGAGUUGCUCGUGGCAAUGGGGAGUUCUGCGUCGUCUCUGACCACGGACAGAGAAUCAGAUCACGGGUUCGGCACGGCUCCGUUCCCACCGGCCGCUCCGAUGGGCUGGCUCAGGACCAGCCACAGCAGUCCGGUGUGGGGAACCACUUUCAUCACACGCCAGCAGCAGCAGCCGAUCCCACAUAGAGAGCGCAGUAACUCUCAUUCUCCUGGUUCGAUGGCCGCAGUUGUGAGGAAUUCUGAUUGGUCAUGCGGGCGCUGCACAUUUCUUAAUUCCAGCAGCUCCUUGCGCUGCUCUAUUUGUGAAGCUCCUCGGCAGAAGCCGGAUUUGAACCAUAUUUUGCGCCUCAGCAGUGCUGAGGAACCUCGCUGGUCCUGCCCCCGUUGCACUGUGACCAAUCACCAUGGAUUAGGCUCGUGUACUGUUUGCGGAGCAGCUCCAGUUACACCCAACGGACCCCUCCCACCCAAGCAGCCCCCGCCCACUCCAGUAGAGCCCGCCUCCAGCCCAGAAGCCAAAGGUCAGGUAGCCAAUGGGGAGUCCCGGUGCGCUGAAUCCAAUGGGGAGGUGUCUGUAGGAGGGGAGGGGUCAUCAGAGUGGGCGUGUCCUCGCUGUACUUUAGUAAACACUCCUGUGGCAUUAUCGUGCUCGGCAUGCGGUGGUCCGAGGAAACUCUCCUUGCCAAAAAUCCCUCCCGAAGCGCUAGUGGUCCCAGAAGUGCGCACACCCGUGGCAGGGUUUCCCACGCAAACGGCAGGAGCGUCCGCGCCACUUCUUAUUGAUCUAACUGAAGAUUCUCCACCCCAAGCACCUUCCGAAACCCCAUCUCCGCCCCCUAUCCCGUUUCUUCCCCCUUCCCUGUCCUCUCUUCAAAAUAACCCUGUUCCUCGCAGCCGAAGGGAAGUCCCACCCCCUGGACGUCCUCCAAACCCCGCCCCCUCGCCAACAUCACCCUCAACCUGCCCGCCUACUAAACCCAAGCCCCUCCCACCAUCAGACAACUACCCAAUCAAGCGUCUCAGUGUGCUUGAAGAGGAGGAGCCUAACAACCCCACCCCUCCAGUUACGUCACCGCCCUCUUGGAAGUGCCCUGGAUGCUGCGCCCCCACAGCUCCUCCCUCAUCAUCCGCCGGGCGUUGUGAUGCAUGUCGAGGGUCACGGCCGGGUUCGGGCGCUGACGUCAUCGACGUACUUGGUGAGUCGGUGCGAUUCACGCCGGCGUCGCCGUCCAGUCCUGACUUCAGCUCGUGGGCGUGUUCCAAAUGUACGUUGCGCAACCCAACGGGCACGGGCCACUGCACGGCCUGCGGAUCGUCCAAAUUGCACGGUUUCUCCGAGCCGUCCAACUGCUCGUCUUGUUCUCGGAAACAACCGCACUCCCACAUGCGUGCCUUUACUUCCACCUCCUCUUCCUCCAUCUCGUCCCCGUCGGCGCAGGACAAGAGCACCUGUCAGUGGACGUGUCCUGCCUGCACACUGUUGAACGAAGUGAGGAUGAAGCAUUGUGCGGCGUGUCACACCCCGCAGCAGUACCUCAAUCAACGCAAAAUUGGGAAGCCGCUCAAACGCCGGGAGAGCAUGCAUGUGGAGGCCCGCAGGCGCACGGAUGAGGGAGAGGCCAAGGAAUUGUGGGAAAAUAUCGUCAGCUUCUGUAGAGAGAACGCAGUGAACUUCGUGGAUGACAGUUUCCCCCCCGGUCCGCGUUCGGUCGGGUUCCCCGAGAACGACAGCGUCCAGCAGCGAAUCAAAAAGUGGCUCCGCCCUCACGAGAUUAACUGCAAUAACUUUAAGGAUCGUGGCGUGAAGUGGUCUGUGUUCAGGACACCACGCCCCUCAGAUAUACUGCAAGGCCUUCUGGGAAACUGCUGGUUUCUAAGCGCUCUGGCGGUGCUAGCGGAGCGGCCCGAGUUGGUGGAGCGUGUGAUGAUCACCAGAACCAUAUGCAAGGAGGGAGCGUAUCAGGUGCGGCUCUGUAAAGACGGGACGUGGACCACGGUUCUGGUGGAUGACAUGCUGCCCUGCGACGAAUACGGAUUCCUGCUCUUCUCACAGGCUCAGCGGAGGCAGCUGUGGGUCGCGCUGAUAGAAAAGGCUCUGGCGAAGCUGCAUGGCUCAUAUUUUGCGCUGCAGGCCGGUCGUGCCAUCGAGGGUUUGGCGACGCUCACUGGCGCCCCCUGUGAAAGUCUGAUGCUGCAGGUCAGCUCAACCAACCCACGAGAAGAGCCCAUCGACACGGACCUCAUAUGGGCCAAAAUGCUCAGCUCCAAAGAGGCCGGCUUCCUGAUGGGGGCGUCCUGUGGUGGCGGGAACAUGAAGGUGGAUGAUGCUGUGUAUGAAUCUCUGGGGCUCCGCCCACGACACGCCUACUCCAUACUGGACGUCAGGGAUGUUCAGGGCUACAGACUGCUGCGUUUGAGGAACCCCUGGGGCCGGUUCUCCUGGAACGGCUCGUGGUCAGACGAGUGGGCCGACUGGCCGCAGCACCUGCGUCACGAGCUCAUGGCUCAUGGCAGCAGUGAAGGCGUCUUCUGGAUGGAAUACGGAGACUUCAUUAAGUACUUUGAUUCGGUGGAUAUCUGCAAGAUUCAUCCUGAUUGGCAGGAAGUUCGUCUGCAGGGCUGCUUCCCCUGCCGAGCGAAUAAACCGGUGACCGUCACCGCCCUCACGGUCCUGGAGAGAACCGCGCUGGAGUUCGCCCUCUUCCAGGAGGGCAGCAGGCGUUCGGACACGGCCGACAGUCACCUGUUGGAUCUGUGCAUCAUGGUCUUCCGGGCCUCGUUUGGGAACGGGAAUAAGCUGGUCCUGGGACGUCUGCUGGGGCACAGCAAGCGCGCGGUGAAGAAGUUCGUAGGAUGUGACGUGAUGCUGGAGCCGGGAGAGUAUGCGGUGGUCUGCUGUGCCUUUAAUCACUGGCAGAUGGACCUGACGGGCGCUUCGACACCAGUGUCCAGCCCCACCAACGCUCGCAGACCCAGUCAGGAUUUCCCAGGGUACAUCUUGGCCAUCUACAGCUCCAGACAGGUGAUGGUGGAGCAGGUGGAGGCCAUGUCCACUACACUCGCCGACGCCAUCAUCCUGCUGACGGAGAACAAGGGAGAGAGACACGAGGGUCGGGAAGGAAUGACAUGUUACUACCUGACUCACGGGUGGGCGGGGCUCAUCGUCGUCGUGGAGAACCGUCACCCGAAGUACUACCUCCAUGUGUCAUGUGACUGUACCGACAGCUUCAACGUGGUGUCGACCCGCGGCAGCCUGAAGACCAUCGACAGCGUGCCGCCGCUGCACAGGCAGGUGCUGGUGGUCCUGUCCCAGCUGGAGGGGAACGCCGGAUUCUCCAUCACACACAGACUGGCCCAUAGGAAAGCGGGGCAGGCGUCUCUGGGCGACUGGACGUCUAGUAAAGCCACACACUCGCCCCAACUCACGCCAGACACUGACGGACUGCACAGACCGCGGCCGCUUUGACACACGCUCACACACACACACACACAUAUAGACACACUGUCCCGUCAUAAAACCACAUCGACAAGUUCAGACCCGUGAUGAUGAAGAACACACACGCAGCCACUGAGAGGGACUGGGUGGAACUACUGAGCCAAUCACACGUCUGCUCACUGAGCCAAGCCCCGCCCACUGCAAACACAGCCGCUCUGCUCAAGCACACGCGUGUCAUGAUGAGCUGCAUUCACAUCCAUCCUGGAGUCCUGUCACCGGACUUUAGUUUCUCUCCAUGCGUUCAGUCAGACGGCAGAUCUCACCGAAAUAUUGCACACGGCUCAUUUCACCCGGAAUUAAAAUAUAUAUAUUUUUUUUUUAAAUAGCAAAAUGAAGCCUGUUUUUGGGACUAUUAUUAUUAAUUCAGUUUCAGUUAUAUAUAUAUAUUUUUUCAUGACAAUUAAGCAAAUUUCCCCUCCUGUUUAUAUUACUGUAAGACUCAUUUUUAUUCAAUUAUAUUAAAUUGUCUUUCAUGCAAUUCUUUUUUUCUCCAAAAAAUUCUGUAUUUCUGACUUCUAAACAAUAAAAUAAUAAUAAUAAUUAUUAUUACAGAUUAAAUUUUAUUAGAUUUUUUUCAUGACAAACACAUUUUCUCCUGAAAUUCACAUUACUGUAAGACUUCUGGACAUUACAGUUUUAUCAUAAUUAUUAUUAUUAUUAUUAAAGUGUCAAUUAUAUUAAAUUAACUUUCAUGGCAAUUAAAUGCAUUUUCCGCUGAAAUUCACAUUACUGUAAAACUCCUGACUUCUAGACGCUUCAGAUUUAUUUUAAUAUUGUUAUUAUAAUUAUUAAUAUUAUUACUAUAAUUACAGUUAUAUUAGAUUAUUUCCCCCCUAAUUUUACCCUCAAAUCUGGACAUUUCACUUCGUUUUAAUUUUUACUUUUUGAUUUUUGUUAAUUAAGAUUAUCCUCACUAGAUUCUUAUUACUUCAUUACUACUUUUUUUUUUGUUUAUUAUUUAUUCGUCUGAAAUAUCUCAAAGGCCCAAAAUACAGUUUUAAUUUCCUUAAGCAUAAUGUAUCUUGAUUCUUCCUUUAAUCUUAGGGUGAAAUGUGCCGAGUUCUCAAUAUAUUUUGUGAGAUUUAGGUUUAAUGGCGUUCUGACAGCCAAUCAGCAACCUGUUCUGUGGUCACAUGUUCUGUAUAGUGGGUUAUGUAAGGACAAAUGGUGAUACUUGAUUUUAAUGGAAAGCCAGGUGUGGUAAAUGAGGGCUUCAUGUGUUUGAACGCACAUGUGGGAAGCAUCUUUUAAUUUAUUAAUGCUGUGUUUUAGUAAAGAAGCACAAGAGAAGCUGCUGAACGAGAGCUGAUGUGCAGAGACUCAUGGGAAUCUUUUCACCUGUGUGUUGGACUAUAUUUGUGCACGGAGCGUCUCCUGUGUGGUUUUCCUCUGAAUGUUGUCAGAGUCAGACAGUGUCUCCCUCUGUUGGUGUGUGUCGGUCUGAUCAUGUGACGUCUCACACACGUUCUGUCUUUCUUUUGUAAAUUGUACAGCGCUGGUCCCAUCAGAAGUACACGCUGUAAUUAUACAGAUCUCUGUCAACCAGGAGUAUAAUAUGUAGAAUAUUUUAUGGAUUCUUGGACAUAAAAACAAAGUAUAAAAGUUUAAAAUCUGUAUGGUUCAUUUGCAAUCUCAGGUUCUGUAGGACCAAAUGAUAAAUAAAGUCUUUGCUUUGUUUCAUUUUUUUUAAAUCAAGAAA